AUGACAACGUCGUUGAACGUAAUAAAUUCGCAUUGCCCCCUCAUUGAGAUAACGCCAAAUAAUUGGGAAAUUUUAUUGGAUAUUUACUCGUCGAAACGCAUCGAACCGAAUGGAUAUAAUUUAAUCAAAAAUUUCAUCAAAUGGAUUGAAAAGAAUCCCGAAUUGGAUAUCAAGUGUUAUUCGCUGGACGAAGACUGGAAAACCGAUGGCACUUUCAUAAUGAUUGUGAACCAUGGGACAGCUCAAAAGUUUGUCUACUUCAAUACGCUGAGCGAGAAUCUGGAUCGUUUGAUCAAAUUGCUCUUCGGUUAUACAACUAAUGCCAAAGCAUACUAUUUUCUAUAUGGUUAUGGAGAACACCUCCUUCGGGGAUUAGUUUGCGCACAUUGGGAAACUGCGGAUGCGGAAAUCGUUAAUGAAUUAUGGCCACAUCGGGCGGAACGAACUAUUGAGUUUGUAAAACAUUUGAUAGAUCAUAAUAUAUCUAUUGGUGCCUGUGAUAGCAAUGGCAAAUUGAUAGCCUGGUGCUUAAGAUUGCCGUUGGGUUCGUUGGGUAUGCUGCAUGUGGUUGCCUCUCAGAGGCGUCUCGGCUUGGGCAGCUUGAUGGUGCGCUGCCUGUCCAAAAAGAUUGCCGAGCACAACGACGAAGUGUUGGCUUCCGUGGUUCCCGAGAACAUGCCGUCCCGCGAAAUGUUUGAGAAACUGGGAUUUCGGCAGAUCGAUAAUGUUUAUUGGACUUCCGGCAGUGCCACAAAAUAAGAAUCUGUUAAAAUAUGUAUAAAGAAAAGAU